GUUAUCAUUUUGUUAUCCUAAUUUGAAUGUUCAAUAAUGGUAAUUUUCUUUUUUUAUUGGAUGUUAUUGGCCAAGUGAUUGAGAAGUUUAAGAAUUUGAUCUCAGAUUACCUAGGCAGCAGGCUGCAAAUGUAUUUGGUGGAAAGUAAAGCAGGAGCCAUAGCAUGUAUGCUGCUUUCUUUGUUUUGCUUAGGUACAUGGCCUGCUAUUUUCGCUUUCCUAGAAAGACGAGGCCGUCUUCCCCAGCACACUUACCUCGAUUAUUCAGUCACAAAUCUCCUCGCUGCUUCCUUUUUCGCGUUAACAUUCGGCCAAAUAGGCAACAGCACACCGGAUACCCCGAAUUUUCUCAAUCAACUUUUUCAGCUCAGUGAUAACUGGCCUUCAGUCAUGUUUGCAAUGGCUGGUGGUCUGAUGCUUAGCCUUGGAAAUCUAUGCACACAGUACGCUUUGGCAUUUGUUGGUUUAUCGGUGACGGAAGUGAUUACUGGUAGCACGACUGUUGUAAUAGGAACAACCUUGAAUUACUUCUUAGAUGACAAAAUUAACAAGGCCGAGAUCCUAUUUUCCGGUGUGUGUUGCUUCUUGAUUGCAGUCUGCCUUGCUUCGGCUGUUCACUCAUCCAAUGCAGCUGAUAACAGGGAAAAGCUUAACAGUUUGUGCGGCGAUUACAAGCUUGUAGUAGAGUAUGCCCUUUGUGUCUCCUCCUCAAUUAGUAUCAUACAUAUGCAGGAUUUGGAGAACGAAAAAGGUUCCUCGGAGAAGGCGAAUUUUGGAACAGCAGACUUCCUUUUAAAGCUCGAGAAUAAAAGAGCUAUUAAGGUAUUUGGAAAGAGCACUUUAAUCGGACUCGUCAUAGCACUCUUUGCUGGUAUAUGUUUUUCUAUGUUCUCACCAGCUUUCAACUUGGCAACAAACGAUCAAUGGCACACCUUAAAGAUUGGAGCAGCUAAAUUGGUUGUCUAUACUACAUUUUUCUGGUUCUCAGUUUCUUGUUUUGUUCUUGCCAUCAUACUCAACGUUGCCUUCCUUUAUAAUCCCGUGCUGAGCUUACCAAAAUCGUCACUAAGGACUUAUAUAAAAGACCACAAUGGCAGAGGCUGGGCCUUAUUGGCUGGUCUCUUAUGUGGGAUUGGAAACGGUCUUCAGUUUAUGGGUGGCGAAGCUGCAGGAUAUGCAGCUGCAGAUGCUGUUCAGGCGAUGCCACUCGUUUCGACGUUUUGGGGGAUACUUUUAUUCGGAGAGUUCAGGAGGUCUUCACGGCAGACAUACGUAUAUCUCGUGAGCAUGCUGUUGAUGUUUAUGGUAGCUGUGGCAUUUCUCAUGGCAUCAGCAGGCCAUCGAGAUGAGCACACAGCAUUAAAAUUCUUGUUUGAUAACAUAUAGAAUACGGAUUAUCCAGUCUUCUAAAAACAUGUAAUUGCAUAGUGUGGAGGGUAUUCACUUUUAAUUAUAAAAAAUAUGGUAAAGUUUUAUAAAGCUUAUUUCUGAA